CUUUUAAACCCUAAAAAAUAACACUUCUCCAGCCACCCCAACAAUGUGCCGCAGCUCUUCAUUUGCUCCUCCACCAUUCUAGUCCUCUCCCAUUUCCGACCAUGAAACGACGAAGCGAGGUCGCUUUCCGACGAAUCUCACGACGGGUUGAAAAAGCGAUAUAUCUAAGUUCCAUCCAAGUAUGAUUCUUCAUCAAAGCUCUCGCAAGGAAUCAAAUUGCGAAACAAUGGCGACGGAUGAUUUCAUCAGUGACCUUCCCGACGAAGUUUUGGCUACGAUUAUAUCAGGCUUACCAGCCAUUGAAGCAAUAAGAACAACUAUUUUAUCAAAACGAUUGAAGGACGUAUGGAGGAAUGUUUCCCGUUUAGAUUUCGAUCCAAAAGGAGUGAAGAAAUUAUUUCCUGCUCCAAAUCAACUCAGAUCUACGGUGCCAGUAAUACAGUUUGGAUCCAAUGUUUGCCAUGCCGAGGGUGAUGAUAUUGAUGAUACUGAUCCGAGGGAAGAGAUUUCCCGAGUUGUUAAGAAUAUCGAUAAUGUAUUGUUAUCUCAUGAACGUAACUUGAUUAGUUGCAGAAUCGUUCAUCUCUCAAAUAGUUACACAAGCGGUGAUGUUGAGAAGUGGAUUAAAUAUCUUACAUCCGAGAAGGAAGUGCAAGAAUUGGCUUUCCUUUGCGAUGAUUUUCAGCAUGAGUUUUAUCUAGUAAGCCAUUUUGGAUGGGGUCUGAAUUUAUCGUCUGGGAUUUUUUCAUGUAGAACUCUGCAAUCGCUUGAGUUCACAAAUUACGGUAUCCGAUUCCAUCGCCCUUUUCACCAUUGCCAUAACCUCAAAACCUUGAAACUCUAUUACUGUGAUAUUAGCAGUGAAACCCUUGAAGCAAUCGUUUCUAGCUUUGAUUUUAUGCAACACCUGAGCGUUUGUUCUUCCACCUCCAGUUUAAAACAGGUUCGGAUCUUUAGCCAAACGGUUAAGACUGUGGAGCUGGAAUCAUUGGAUUUGGAGGGGAUUUAUUUAUCUACCCAAUCUCUUGGUGCUUUGGUGCUUCAUUCUAUGAAAUUUCCGGCCAGACGUUUGGUUAUCCAUGCUCCAAAUCUUAGGGUUUUUACUGCAACUUACAAUUUCACCCGUCCUUCAAAACAGACCAAGAUUGCUGAAAUUCUAGAGUAUUGCACUCAUCUCUUGACACCUGUUAAUUAUGAAGCUAAUGAUCCAAUGGAAGACCUGAAUCUGUUUAUGAAUUUGAGGGAGCUAACCAUUGAUUUAGACUUGAACGAUAGAAGGGAAAUGUUGAUCCUCUGUAUCGUUCUACAACGCUGCCUUAGUCUACACCAACUUGAAAUCAACAUAGAGGAAAGUAGAAGUGAAAUAGAGGAAGCAACCAGGGAUUAUAGUAGUGUAAACAGCCGACUGCCAUAUCCAGAGACAAAGCUAUGGGAGCAAAGGGAGCUGUGCGAUUGUAUUACAUUCACACUAAGACAAGUAUCCAUUAAGGGAUUCAGCGGGAAAGAUGGGGAAAUGGAAUUCCCAAGGCAUCUGAUUACAAAAGGUGCCAAGUUGGAGAGAUUAGAGAUUUGGUGCAACCAUGACUGGUCCAGUGAUGGAGGUAAGGCAACUCUUGGUUUACUUUCACUGCCUAGAUCUUCCAUUGAUGUCUCCAUUCUUCUUAAACCGCCACCCAAUUUGUUGGUAGUUUUGGAAGAUGGGUCUCAACCCUAGAAUAGGUUUUUUUUUUUUUCCCUUUAUGUCAAGGAUUUUCGGAUUAGUUAAGGAUUUUGCAUGGGAUGGGGCAUGUAUCAUUGGUUUUUCAAAGAUGAUUUUGUGUGUGAUUUUAUGUUUAUAUAUGGUUGGAAGGACAUGCUCCAGUUGGAAAAUUAGUUUUAAUGGGAUGAUAGCAAGCUUUACUCUUGUACUUUAACAAAAUUGUGAAUGUCCUAUUUGUAUUUGUUGGGUUUGACACUUGUAUUUUUGUUUUGUCGUGUUGAAUAUUGGCAUAUGGACUAUUGAAAUAGUGCCAUGUGGACCAAGAGAAAAAAAAUUAAAUAAAUAGAAUUCAAGAA